AUGAGUGGAAGAAAAUCCGCUGCUUCGAAUCAUUCAGUAAUUUUCAUUAGAUCAUCGCGUAUACAUUCCGCUACUGAAAAUGAUCGUGAAGAUUUAGUAAAAACUACAUUAGAAAAAUCAUCUGACAAUAAAAAUAAAGAAACAUCAUCUAAAACAAUCACAUUAUGUACUAUAUGUGGUCGAUAUAAAGGUUUUCGUAUGCGUCGUAAAUUAUUUAUUAUAUUAUGUAUCGCUAUUGCAUUGCUAGCAAUUCUUACUGGAAUAUUACUUGUAUUCUAUGUUAUUGUUCCAGCUAUUGUUCGUUCAACUAUUGAUAAAGCUGAAUUAUCAUUUCGAUCUAUUAAUAUUGAAGAAAUAGAGAAUGAUCGUUUUCGUUUACGAGCUCAAUUAGAAUUAUCACGUACUGGAUCAAUUUCAGCUACCAUACUUUCUCCACUAGUUAUCAAUGUUGAUAAUGUUGGAAUUGUAAGAAAUGAACAACCGAUUAUUAUUAGUGGUGAUGCUGAUCGUUCUACUAUCGUUCCAAUUGAUUCUCCAUUUAUUGUAUCUAAUUUAGAUGCUUUUCAUAAAUUUACUCGUUCGCUUAUUUUUGAAUCACAAGUUAUAUGGCAUUUAACAGCUAAAGCUUCUAUACAACCUAUUUCUAGUAGUAUGCCUGUUUAUUCUAAUAUUCCAUUUAAUAAACAAGUAACACUUAAUGCUUUAAAUGGUCUUCAAAAUGUAAAUAUUCAAUCAGUUAGUCUUCGUCGAUCUGAUCGACAACAUAUAUUUGCUGAUAUUAUUAUUGAAAUUCCAAAUCCAUCAUUAUUUAGUAUUGAUCUUGGUGAAUUAAAAUUUUCAUUACAUUAUAAUAAUUAUUCUAUUGGUUAUAUUCAAUCAAUAGAUAGUAAUACAACAUUACAUCCAGGUAUAAAUGCCAUAUCAUUAUCUGGUGAACUUCAAUCAAAAUCUUCUGAAUCAUAUAAUGCUCUUUCAACAGUUGUUCAAAAUUUUCUUACAGGAAAAACAAGUAGUGUGAAAGCAGUAGCUGGACCUAAUGCAACUUCAUAUUCUUUACUUGCCAAUGGUAUGGAAGGUCUUUCAUUAGAUGUUCAAAUGCCUUCAUUUGAUGAACAAUUAAUUCCUUCUCUAAUAUUUAAUUCAAUGUCACUUAUUCCAUCAACAGAUGAAAAGAAAGUAUCAUUAUCAGCUUCAAUUAUUAUUCAAAUUAAUUCACCACUUGGUAAUCAAUCACCACUUGAUAUUACAACUAUGGAUAUGAAUGUUUUUCUUGUCUAUGAAAAUAAUUCUGUUGGUAUGCUUGAUGUUUCUCAAGUUCCAGUAAAACAAAAUAAUGAAAUUACAUAUGAAACAAAUUUUAAUGAUAAACAAUUGAUAUUAACUGAUACUGGUAAAACUUAUGAAAAAUUUGCUCAAAAUUUUAUUAAUGCUAAUGAAACUCAUCCAAUUCAAUUUAGUAUUAUUGGUUUUGCUUCUAUUACUGGUUCAUUUGCUUUAGGUCCUUUAAAUAUUCAUGGAAUUCCUAUUGAUAAUCGUGUAUCAUUAGUUGGUCUUAAAGGUCUUAAUAAUGUUUAUGUUCAUAGUAUUUCAGUUGAUGGAGAAAUAGAUACUGCUUUACAACUUUCUAUUAAUGUAACUAUCAAUAAUCCUGGUAUAACGAAUGUUCAGUUACAAAAUUUUAUACUUUAUAUGGCUGAUGGUGAUAGUGGAACAGUUCUUGGUCAAGUACCAAUUGAUUUAUUAAUCUUAGAACCAGGAAAUAAUAAUAUGCUCCUCAAUGGUUUAUUAGCUCCAUUAGAUCAAACAGAUUUACCUUUUGUUGGUAAAUUUUUUUCUGCAUAUCUUAAUGGUCAAACACAAUUAGUAAAACUGUAUCAUGAAUUAUCAACUACAGAAAAUCCUACUGGUAUGGAUUUAACAAUUAGUGGUCUUUCUAUGAAAGCAGAUCUCAAUGGAAUAGAUACACAAUUAAUUCGUCGAGUAGAGGUCCUGAAUUUUGGUAUUGAAUUUGAUUCAAUAGAUGUCAAUAAAGUUUAUGUUACAGGUCAAUUAUUAGUUCUAUUUGAAUUACCAUCUAAUGUUCAUAUGACAUUUCGAGCAUUAACAACAAAUAUUAAUUAUACAAUAUGUUUUAAUAAUGGAUCUAGUAUGAGUCAAAUGAGUCUUUAUGAUUUACCCGUUGAACAUAAUCAAAUAACUAAUGAACUUUUAAUGAAUUUUAAUAAACAAGAACUUUUAAUACUUGAUGAAAAAUUAUUUCAAGAAUUUGCUGCUAAUCUUGUUCUUACAAAUAAUGUAUCGAUUACGAUUGAAGGUUUAGCUGCAGCAUUAGCUGAAGUUCAAAUAGGUAAUAUUACUUUAAAUGAUAUUCCUGUUAGUGAUACACUUCAUCUUAUUGGUUAUGAACGAUUUGAUAAUGGACUUUUAACUAUCGAUAAAAUUGAUUUAACAGGAGCUUUAUCAUCCGAUAAAUUAUCUCUUCGUGUUAAAACAAAAAUUGAUAAUCCGUCUGUUGUUAAUAUUAUUAAUGGUGGUCGUUUAUCACUUGAUUUACGUGAACUGACAAGUAAUAUUUCAUUAGGUUCAGUUAUUAUCGAUCCAUUUUAUCUUAAUCCACAAGAUAACAGUACUCUACUUGAUGCACAAGGUAUUUUUAUGAUAACAAAAAGUAAUUCUGCUAUAGCUGAACAAUUUAUUUCACAUAUGGUUUGUGGUAUAGAUAAUGAAGUUGAAUUAUGUGGUACAUUAUCAGAUAAUUCAAUUGGUACUUCUAUUCCUUUACUUUCAAUGGCUAUUGCUGAUCUACGUAUUCGUACAAAAGUUCCUGGUCUUACGGGUGAAAGAACACUUGUUCGAGAAGUUCGUCUAAAAAAAUUAAGUGCUUUACAGAUAACUGGUAUUCCACUUGGUUUAGUCAAAACACUUUCUUCACGUAUUCGACUUAAAAAUCCUUUUAGUACACCUUUAGCUAUAACCAGUAUGAAUAUACGAGCUGAUCUUGGUGCCGUAAUAAAUGAUAAUCAACAAAUUGGUACUGUUACUGAUAAUACACAUAUUAAUAUUAAUGCUUAUGAAGACGUUUUAACACCUUAUAUAGAUGUUAAGAUUACAGCUAAAUUAACUACAAUGGUUUCUCUUCUGGGUCCUUUAUUAGCUGGUACUAUUCCUUUAUCUCUUUCCGGUACUAUUACUGUUGUUAUUGAUAAUCAACUUACUCUAGUUGAACUUCCACUUACUUUACUAAAUAUAACUGGUACACAAGAAUCAGCAUGA